AUGUCGAUAGCAGACUGUUUUGUUACUGGAAAUUGGACUGAGGACGAUGAAGAAGAGAAGGAGCUGAGAGAAAACAUGGAUGAAGAAAUGGACGAUGAACAUGAUAUCAAAGAGGAAGAAGAUGAUGAUGAUGAAAAGAAAAUGUCUGCUGUUGAAAGAGCUGAAGCGGCGGCUCAUGAGAGGCGAGCAGAGGAAAAAAUAAAACUAAAGCAGCGGUUCAAUGACGACUAUGAUGAAACCUGCAAACAUUACAAUAAUUUGAAGAAUGAAAUGGAGGAGCAAGCUCAACUCAAUAAAAGCAUAUUCGAAGGAAUGGAUGAAGCUGAAAGGGAGAAGCUUGAAGGUACUAUCUAUUGUGUGCACUAUAAAGCUAUCCGUUGUCUUGCAGGUUUUCGAGCAGGCCGCUAUGUCCGAAUAGAGUUUGAAGAAAUUCCUUGCGAGUUUGUUGAACAUUUUGACCCAACUUCUCCUUACAUCGUGGGAGGACUUUUGACAGGAGAACAGAAUAUGGGCGUUGUGCAGGUAUUGUGUUUUGAUACCGUAAAUGUUGAGCUAUGUUUAGACGUGCUAGUGCCUUAUCUUAUUCGUGCUCAGGUUCGCAUAAAGAGGCACAGGUGGUUUGAAAGAACAUUGAAGUCACGAGACCCGCUGAUUAUCAGCUGUGGUUGGCGGAGGUUCCAAACCAUUGCUAUUUACUCGAUGCAGGAUCAUAAUAUGCGGCAGCGGUUUUUGAAGUACACGCCAGAGCAUAUGCAUUGUCAUGCCCAGUUUUGGGGGCCUAUCGUAGCACAAAAUACGGGAUUUGUAGCUGUUCAAUCAGUGGCUGACAAGACGCCGGGUUACCGAAUAGUUGCUACUGGUGUCGUGCUGGAUCUCGAGAAAGCCACUCAAGUGGUCAAGAAGUUGAAACUUGUUGGUACGCCUGAAAAGGUGUUCAAAAAUUCAGCUUUCAUCAAGGGCAUGUUCAAUACGCAAAUGGAAGUUGCAAAGUUCGAAGGUGCAACUAUUAGGACAGUUUCUGGCAUAAGAGGACAAAUUAAGAAAGGGUUGCAUGAGCCGGCGGGAGUUUUUCGAGCAACGUUUGAGGAUAAGAUCUUGAUGAGAGAUAUUGUGUUUCUGAGAACGUGGAUCUCCGUGCCUGUACCUCGCUUCUACGCUCCUGUCAUCGAUCAUCUUUUACCACCUGGAGAGCCAUGGGUUGGAAUGCGUACAGUAGGGAAGAUUCGCUUUGAACUUGGCAUAAAACCAGAACAACGCGAGGAUUCGCUUUAUAAGCCAGUAGAGCGUGAAGAAAUGGAGCCAGCUCCAUUGGUGGUUCCAAGUAAGCUUCAACAGAGUCUUCCGUUCAAACUUAAGCCAACCUAUGAAGAAAAAACUAAGGAGGUUGGUCUGCCAAAGGAGGGUGUAAUAGCUCGAAACACUGCCCUGAUAUUGGAACCUGAGGAGGCUAAGAGAAAGAGAAUGAUGGAUAUGCUCAGAACCAUCAACAAUGAUAUCGUCAAAAAACACGAUGCAGCUCGUGAAAAGCAUAUGGCUGCAAAGGCUAAGGAGGAAGCAGAAUUUGAGGCUAAACGAGAAAAGAACAUCAAAGCUAGAAAGAAGGCCAUUUCGCGAGUCCUAACAAAGCGCGAGCAGCAUAAACUGAAGAAAGCCCUUGGACAAGCAGCUGCGAGUAGCAGUUAA